UUGAUAGUAUUACAAGUCCAUCUACUCUUUUGUACAAUUCAAUUAUUCGAGCAUAUACCUGGUACGGGUUUUUCGAGAGAACUUUAAGAACCUACUUUGGAAUGCAUUUGUUGGGUCUUAAAGGUGAUUGCUUUACAUACCCUUUUGUGCUCAAGUCCUGUGCUGACUUAGCGCGUGUUGGAUUGGGAAAAUGCGUUCAUGGGUUGAGUUUGAGAACUGGGUUGGAGUUUGAUAUGUACGUAGGGACUUCUUUGAUUGCUAUGUAUGUGAAAUGUGGUGAAUUGAGUGAUGCCCAUAAGUUGUUUAAUGAAAUGCCUGUGAGAGAUGUUUCAUCUUGGAAUGCAUUGAUUGCUGGGCACAUGAAAGAUGGCAAGAUUUCUGUUGCGGAGGAUUUAUUUGGGAAAAUGUCGAAUAGGAACAUUGUGUCUUGGACUGCUAUUAUAUCCGGGUACACUCAGAAUGGAUUGGCGGACAGGGCGUUGGGUUUGUUUGAUGAGAUGUUGCAGGAGGAUUCGGAGGUGAAGCCUAAUUGGGUUACAAUCAUGAGUGUUUUACCUGCUUGUGCACACUCUGCUGCUCUUGAGUGCGGUAGACGGAUUCAUAAGUAUGCUAGUGAGAUCGGUUUGGAUUUUCAUUCUUCGGUGGAAACAGCACUUGCUGCAAUGUAUGCUAGAUGUGGGAGCCUUGUUGAUGCCCGAAGUUGUUUUGAUAGGAUCCGUCAAAAUGAAAAGAGUUUGGUUACUUGGAACACCAUGAUUACUGCAUAUGCUUCUCAUGGCCAUGGACCAGAAGCUGUGUCAACAUUCGAGGAUAUGAUAAGAGAUGGGAUUCAACCCGAUGCAAUCACAUUCACGGGUUUGUUGUCAGGAUGCAGCCAUUCUGGUCUUGUCGAUAUUGGCUUGAAAUACUUUGACUGUAUGAGUAAAGUGUAUUUUGUGGAACCAAAACACGAAAAUUAUGCUUGUGUCGUAGACCUUCUUGGUCGUGCUGGGAGAUUAGUGGAAGCGUAUGACCUUAUCUCUCAAAUGCCAAUGCAAGCAGGACCAAGCAUAUGGGGCUCGCUAUUGGCUGCCAGUCGAAGCCACCGGAAUUUGGAGAUUGCAGAAAUAGCAGCUAGAAAGUUGUUUGUAUUAGAACCAGACAACAGUGGGAAUUAUGUUCUGCUCUCAAAUAUGUAUGCUGAUGUUGGGAUGUGGGAGGAAGUGAACAAUUUGAGAACUCUAUUAAAAUUGCAGUGUGUGAAGAAGAGUCCUGGAUGCAGUUGGAUUGAGAUCAAUGGGAAAGCUCAUUUAUUUCUUGGAGGAGAUUUGUCUCAUCCACAGGCUAAGGAAAUCUGCGCGUUAUUGGAGGCACUGCCUGAGAAGAUUAAGGCAGCUGGUUACAUACCAGAUACUAAUGCUGUGUUGCAUGAUGUCAGUGAAGAGGAGAAAGAGCAAAACCUGACAACCCACAGCGAGAAGUUGGCCAUUGCCUUUGGGCUUCUUAAUACCGGUCACGGAACAGUUCUUCGAGUGACAAAAAACCUUCGAAUCUGUGGAGACUGUCACACAGCCACCAAGUUCAUUUCAAAAAUCUAUGGACGAGAGAUCAUUGUGAGAGAUAUAAAUCGGUUCCAUCAUUUUAAAGAUGGAUCCUGUUCUUGUGGAGACUAUUGGUGAUAGAAGAAUGAACCCAGAUUUUCAUAUGCACCUUCACAUCUGUCAAGUACUGUUGAACUCAGGUGGAGAUCCAAUUUUAGAUCUUCUUGAAGUGUAGGCAUGAGGAUAGCAAUCUGGAUGAGAUCAUCGUAUGCUUAUGGCAUGAGGCAGUCCCAUCUGCAGGGGAAGAAAUUCAUAUUGUGCAAGUAACUUGCAGUGGUAAGCUGGCAAUUAUUUUGGGGCCUCUUAAUACAAUUCCUUGAAUGGUCCACUGGGUUGUGUGACCAGAGAAACUUUUAUGGAAAUUUUACACACACACACACAGAGAUACCAAGCUCAGGUGUAAUUAUUUACGGAAGGGUGCAACUGGAGAGAUGCAUUGCUCCAUCAUUAUAGCGAUGGGUCUUGUUCUUGUGGUCUCUGGAGACUAAUGGUGAUUAUCAUUAAGUAUGAAAUAGACAGAGCAGAAUUGUGAAGUCAAAUCCAGAGGUGAGCUGCAGUUGAAGUCACGACCAUCAUGGUGGAAGGAUACAUAUGAGAUUUGGUAUAGGUUUGAUAAGGGAAGGUGAAGAUGCUUAUUCCGUAUAUGUUAAGACACCCAUGGUGAGUGAAUCAUUUAUCUUUUGUUGUGGUAAGGCAGUUCAAGGGAAACACAUGAAAGGAGUCCUGCCAGAAAUGAAGCUGAUAUCAGCGUCUGAUACUUAAAUUAGCAAAAUACAUUGUUUCGGAUUGGAUCUGUACAUCCCUAUUGAUGGUCAGGCUUAACAACACCAAUCAACAAGUUUCAAAAUCAUAUACCCUCUUGACCAGAUGAUAUAGAUCUUUUGUAGUCUGCGCAACUGGCUUUGUAAUUACUGGACAUCAUUGAGACUUUGGUUGGUGGUUUACAGGAUAAAAAACCUUAGUCCAGUUACCUAAACUCGUAUCGAAACCUUCUAAGCCAUGGCUGUAAAGAGAGUUUGUAUCUUAUAUUGAAUGACUAGGAUCACUCAAGGUUAGUUUAUAUGUUUUCGCAG